AUGGCCCUCCAGCUGGCAGGCUCGGGAAAAGUCGUGAUCGUGACCGACGGCAGGAUGUCGAGUGGUGGUCGGCAGCAGGGGCCCGACCAGCCCUGGCAGCGCCUGGCCUUCAGCGAGCUGUGGGAGCUCAUCUUCAAGAAAGGCGAGGGCAGAGGACAGCUGCAGUCGUCUGUUCUGUCUGCUCACUGGGAAGGGGAUUGUCCUGACGCGGAGAAGGUUGAGGCCCCCAAGAGGCUGAAGCCGUCCAUCCAGCUGGUUGCCAAUCCCAACGGACAGGGUGUCCGCAGGUAUUGGAAGGUCGGCCAGCUGCUGGCGCCCGCCGUGGCCCUCUGCUGCCUGGGCGCGGGCGCCGGCCCAGAGGCCUGGCAACUGCGAGGGCGCCUGCUCGAAGUUCAUUUGGCGAUUCUGCUUGGGCUUCGGCGCCCUCCUGGCACUCACGGGGGCGCUGCUGCGGGCGGAGACGAUGCAGGAGUCGGAGGCCUGGCUGGCUUCGCGGGCGUCCGCCAGGCGGACUCGCGUGUGCGGCAGCGGCCUCCUGCAGGCGAUCUGGCUCCCGCUGCUCGGGACGACGUCCACGUACUUCCUCUACGACGUGGUCUCGUGGGGCGUCGGCA